GGUCGAUCGCGCGCGACGGCAUCAACGGCGAUGGUGGUGAGCGAAGUUGGUCGACGUUCCUAUAUACAUUAUUGAUAAAUAGCUCGCGUCGUUGUCGAGUGUGCGACUUUUCCGUGAAGCGGCCCCCGGGGAAGCCAGCCGACGGUGCGGUGCGCGGGUGCGUUGGCCGAUCGCGCGUGGUGCUACAACGUCGGUCGACCUCGUCGCCGUGUGCUGACUGCUGAGUCGUUUCGCGCGACGGUGUCUCGUGCGUGAGCCCCGAGCCUCGAGCUUCCCGUCUCGCGCGUGGAAGCCAAGGAAGAGAACCGCGGCGGACAACGGACGGCCGCGGUGCACGUACACGUACAUACAUACGACGUACCGUGACGACAGUUACGUGAGGAGGAGAGAGGGAGGGAGAGCGAGCGCGACGGAGGACGGGAGGAGAGAGGAAGUGAGGGAGAGGGAGAGAGAGAGAGAGAGAGCGAGGAGAGAACGCGCGCGCGUCGCCUCGCAAACGGAGAUCGGCGGCGGACGGGAGCAGCCGAGCGCGAACGACGGGAUUAUCGUGUGCGCGUUUCUGGGUGUGACGGGACGUGGUGGUUCGCAGUCCAGUAUCGGUGCGCGUCUCUUUACCGGCGACAUCGUGCACGCGGUGGUGUUGUGCGCGAGAGUGGGCCCCUGUAGGGCCGGGGCCCAGGCAGCGUUCCCUCGCUAAAGCCUGCGGCGCUAUCCCACGAGAGAGCAUGCCGAGCCUGGCCACCAAGAGGACGCACGCGCACUCGCGGAAGAGGAACGGCAUGCGGAACGUGGUGCACCGGAUAGCUCCUGUCCCGACGCGCGAGGAAAUAUUUUAAUAGCGCCACGUCGCCGACUGUAGCGAGCGGCCUGAGAGAUCGCUGGGACGUAUUGCGCGGGCACAAAGUCCGACUCUGGAAAGUUGUCGCCCUAAAACUAAAUAACGUCGUUGAAAGGGCUACAAGCGUGCCGUUGUUAUCAUCGUCUUCUUCAUCGUCGUCGUCGUCGUGGUCGUUGUUGUGGUGAGACGUUUUCGUUUACAUUGCGAGAGGAUACAUUGGGAUACGCUUAAGAGGACCGUCAAGUAUGCUACGCUUCCUCAAACGUGGAAACGAAGGAACCGGUAUUGCCUUGUGACAAUGGAACGCCAUGCUCGACGACAUGGGAGAUACUGUGGAAACGACGUACGUAUGUGGCCGCGGAUGAUGACGACCCAAUGAUAAACUGUUUAUUGGAAUAAAGCGGAAACACAGGACACAGAGUCAAGUCGAACGGUCAACAGGGGCGGCUGACGGUAAGGGAGGCAGGACAGAGCCGUAGUAAUGGAUGAAUGGGAGUGAGCGCGGGGCACGGGGAGUGCAGGAGCGGCGGACGCGCACUUGGCGGCACGUCGUGGGAGCCUCUGGAUGUGGAGGCCGCGGCACCGGCAGCGUCAGUGGCAGUGAUGGCCCCUGCUCUGACGGAAGGCGGUCCUCAAAAGCCUGAAAACUUGCUCCCUACCCUACCAGCCGCCAGCGGCUUUCUGUCCGCCGAGCAGGCCACGCAGGUGUGCCAGAACCGUGAGAUCCUAACCAAGUUCGUGGUGCCGGCGAACGUGCAACCGUCGAAGAUCGACGAGCAGUGCUUGCGCGGUAUCUCAAAGGACCUCAUACGCGAUGUCAUUAACUCCAAGUAUGCAAACGACCUCGACUCGCUAUCUGCGUUUACGAACGCGUCCGACUUGAUCGGAUCGAGGAACGGUGCGGCGUGUUUGCAACAGCAGGCGGCGGCGCCGGCGGCGGCGGCGGAGGGGGAGGAAGAAGAGGAGGAGGACUUUGAGCGACCGGUCACGCUGCCGGACGCCGGUCACGCCGAGAGGAAAGCGAUCGACAUUAUAAUGAACGACCCAUCUAUGGGUGAUGAAACGAACAACAUGGGUUUCUUGAAAUCGAGCGUGGACUUGCCCCUGGUGGCUACCGAGACCGAAACGGAAGACAAUAAGAAUCUGGACGUCGAUCAGAUCAUGGCCUUCAGUACCGAUAUCACGGCCGAGCAGUGCAGUAUGCCGACGGUCGCUGAUAUCGGGCACAACGUGGAGGAGAUUUUGCAGGUCAUUAGUUCGAUAGAAGGUGCGGAGAGCACCGAGAACAUUUCCACGAGCGGUGGUGAGCCGGUACAAGGCGCUGUCGACAGUCUCGGACAUGGCGAGAUGUUUGCCAUGCCCGAGGAGGGAUUCGCGUCCUUCGAGCGGGAUUUACUUAACGACGUGGACGUAAUGAGUCUUUGCAACGAUAAUAUGAAUAUCCCAGUGGAAACAAUUGACCAGCAAAAGUCCAACAGUUUGAGAUCGCAACAGGACAUUGUAGCGCAGAAACAGUUCGAGAACGAAAGGAGAUGUGCGUUUUUAUUGAGAAGACUGAGGAAACUUCAGACGAGAAUAAUGGGCAGACACGUGGCGGAAGAAAACACCGGCGUUCUCGAAUUGGCUCAUCACGGAGUGAAAAAAUAUCUUCUACAAGAAUUGGUUAAUAUCGGUUCGAAAUCCAAUGUGAGAAACUUUCCCGAAAUUAGCGGCAGUUUACAUUCGUUUCUGCAGAAAAUUGAGAAAAUGUGUGUUGCCCAGAGUAACAGUGUGAAUCGUCAAAGAGUGUGUCGAUACUUUGGUGGAGGGUCGCGCGAUAACGUGGUUGGUACGUCCGGCAAUAACGGUAAUCGCCAGCCAGUGUUUGGUACCCCUCAGGUUAAACUAAACGGUGAAGAAGUGGAAAAUGUGGCUGGAUCUUUGUCCACGCAAUUACAUAUUGUGGAAUCUAACUUGGAUUCGGACUGUACGGCAUCCAGCAGUGGUGGAGAAAGUUGCGAUGAAAUGCAGACAUUCAACAAUACGCAACAACAACGUCUGUCCAUAUCCAAAAGAGCAGCAUGGAGAUAUGCACAGGAUCGUGCAGGUGUAGCAUCACGGUGGACAUGGCUACAGGCACAGAUAUCAGAUUUAGAGUACAGAAUUAGACAGCAUAACGAACUGCAACGGCAGAUUAGGGCCACGAAGGGUCUGGUCGUUCUUGAAAAUGCGGAGACCGUUAAUGGAUACAGUGGCGCUCUACCAGGGUCCACUGGACGAUACACGUCACCCGAGGGUGAAUUACCAGCUAGUAGGACGCGUCCAUUUGUAUGGAGUUUUUAUAGAAAGCGAAAGCUUUUGCAAGUGGACAGGCUACACGAAGUUUCAAAGCGUGCAGCCAAAGCGUCAACAGUCAGAUGCACGUGUGAUCAUGUGUUGCCUGCGUGUGCUUUAUGUACAGGAAGGCUAGAUCCAAUGCAGUCACAAGAACCAUUUGAACAGCUUUCUGUACAGGAACGUGUAGCACUUGUUGAUCCCAGUUUUCAUCCUGUGUUGUCGUUCUCUGAUGAAAUUGUACAUGGAACACAUUUAGAAGCUAUUAUGAAAUCAGUGGAGUGGCAGCAGAAAAUGUUGAGAGGCAAUUUACGAGUUACCCGAGUGAAAGAUAAAGAUAGCAACGAAAGAAGAAAUAAGAAACUUCCUAAUAGAACAAAGUAUACCGCGCGAUUAAAGAAAUCAUCCUCGACCAUCCUUACUGCAAGGAUCAAGAGAAAAAUGUUGAAAAAUGGAAAGAGAACGAGACUCAGUCACGAGAGAAGCGUCGUGUCUGGAUUGAGUAAGAAAAAAGUAUCAAAGUUGCCGACUGAGGAUGACGACGACGUUAGCGCGCUUUCAAGUUCCAGCAAACACUCAUCCCCAGUGCCUUCUCCAUUGCAACACGUUACUGCCUCGUCGGAGAAAAACGUUGUUAAAGAGAAAAGUUCCAAUUCACAUGGGCGUUUGCGUCAAAAUUCGUACGACAUCGAUAAUAUAGUCAUCCCUUAUAGCGUUGCUGCUUCAACUAGACCUGAAAAGUUACAAUAUAAGGAGAUAUUAACGCCAAAAUGGAGAUUGUGCGACGAACCCUCGAAAAUGGAUGUGAAGAACGGUGUGAUGCACAGGUCGGGUCAGGACAGUGACUUUGAAGAUAUGUCGGACGAAACGAUCGCCCUGAGGCACGAGCGUAGCGAACGUGAGGAAUAUAAACGUUUCAUGACGUAUCUCAACACGCCAAACCAACCGCGUAUUCGUAAUCGUCGUAUCGACAGCAGAGCAGACAGCGGUGCGAAUACGCCAGAUCCUAUGUCGCCGCACGCGAGCAGUGACUUCGGUGGAGACGUGACAUCCCCGAUCACGUCUCCACCUGCCACUCCGUCUCAGGUGCAGGACACAGAGUUAUCAGGUUUAGAUUCGCACCGGCCGUCUGCAUUACAAAAUUCUUUGCGACGUCGCACCAUGCCCGCUUUAAGACUUGGGAAAGACGAUGCCACGGUCGCAUUUACCGAAGAUGAUAACGAGAUAUUGCCGUAUGAGCCAAGAGUAUUUCCAUUAUCCGAAGAAGUCUAUGACAAGAUGUUGGAGGUGAUGCCGGACGGACACUGGCAAGCUUCAUCAACAUCCUUAUGCUCCCGUGACGAAGACAAGGGCGAUGAUGUACGUACAUUGCACUUGUACUAAUACCUCUUUCAUCGAGUAUCUAAGUGAGAAAUUUUUAUUAUAUAUGUAAAAUGUAUGUGGGGGUGGUGCUAGUACUGACUAUUAAUGUACACUUUGAGCCAACUUUCAUGGCUCCUCUCGAGGCUAUUUCCGGUAAGCAGUAACCACUUGACGCUUUAUACUUCUGUAACGUAAUUCAAUUUUAUUUUUCAUCUCACAUACACAUAGACACGCAAUUAGCAAAUGUUGAAUGACGAGAAGAAGUAUCGCGUUAAGUUAAAGCGAUCGUUACAGUACUUUCCAUGCGUUGUAGAAUCUUUUACACGACUCUAGUUUGCUCCUUGGUUCACGCAGCUGCCGUAUGAGAGCUUGCAAUUUUAAAUAGAAUUUUUUCGCAAAGCGACCAAAAUCGGACAUAGGUGAUUACCGACAACAACGGUUGUAUUUAAUUAUUCGUAUUUCUACAU